CCCGCCAAUGUAGGAAAUGUCAGUGUGAUAGGGCAAAAUGAGACCAGUAUAACUUUGCAGUGGAACGAAGUGAAUGGAACAGGGAUCACUUAUGAACUGAAGUUCAGCAAUGGGUCUAAUACUACCAUCUCUGUAUCUGAUGGAAAUGGAACAGUGACAUACACAGUCUCCCCUCUCACUGCUGGGACAGAAUACAACUUCACUCUCUUCACUAUGUUCAAAGAAGUACCAAGCAGAGCAUACAAUUUCAUCGCAGUCACCCGUGAGUGUCCUAAGAAUGGAUUCUGUGUUAUUUCUUGCAUGCUUAAAUGACUCUAUAUUAUGUCAAUGUAUGCACUCAUGACUGUAAGUCGCUUUGGAUAAAAGCAUCUGCUAAAUGGCAUAUAAUAUCAUGCUAAUGAUGUCUUAGAUAACAUUACAUCUACACUUUCUAAAAUCUACAAAGUGAGUGACAUGAGUUGUGAAUGCAUUGUGAAUUCAUUGUAAAUACAUUGUGAAUUAAUUGUAAAUAAAAUGUAUUUACAAUGAAUUCACAAUGUAUAUACAAUGUAUUUAUAAUGUAUUCACAAUGUAUUUACAAUGUAUUCACAAUGUAUUCACAAUGUAUUUACAAUGUAUUCACAAUGUAUUCACAAUGUAUUUACAAUGUAUUUACAAUGUAUUCACAAUGUAUUUACAAUGAAUUCACAAUGUAUUUACAAUGUAUUUACAAUGUAUUCACAAUGUAUUCACAAUGUAUUUACAAUGUAUUCACAAUGUAUUUACAAUGUAUGUAAAUACAUUGUGAAUGCAUUGUAAAUACAUUGUAAAUACAUUGUGAUCCAUUAAUUGUCAUUGUUAUCUUCCUGUCUUUCUAUCUUAGGUCCCCUCAGUGUAGAUUGGUGUCAAUGUGACAGGGCAAAAUGAGACCAGUAUAACUUUGCAGUGGAACAAAGUGAAUGGAACAGGGAUCACUUAUGAACUGAAGUUCAACAAUGGGUCUAAUACUACCAUCCCUGUAUCUGAUGGAAAUGGAACAGUGACAUACACAGUCUCCCCUCUCACUGCUGGGACAGAAUACAACUUCACUCUCUUCACUAUGUUCAAAGAAAUACCAAGCAGAGCAUACAAUUUCAUCGCAGUCACCCGUGAGUGUCCUAAGAAUGGAUUCUGUGUUAUUUCUUGCAUGCUUAAAUGACUCUAUAUUAUGUCAAUGUAUGCACUCAUGACUGUAAGUCGCUUUGGAUAAAAGCGUCUCCUAAAUGGCAUAUAAUAUCAUGCUAAUGAUGUCUUAGAUAACAUUACAUCUACACUUUCUAAAAUCUACAAAGUGAGUGACAUGAGUUGUGAAUGCAUUGUGAAUACAUUGUAAAUACAUUGUAAAUACAUUGUGAAUACAUUGUAAAUACAUUGUAAAUACAUUGUAAAUACAUUGUGAAUUCAUUGUAAAUACAUUGUGAAUACAUUGUGAAUACAUUAUAAAUACAUUGUGAUCCAUUAAUUGUCAUUGUUAUCUUCCUGUCUUUCUAUCUUAGGUCCCCUCAGUGUAGAUGGUGUCAAUGUGACAGGGCAAAAUGAGACCAGUAUAACUUUGCAGUGGAACAAAGUGAAUGGAACAGGGAUCACUUAUGAACUGCAGAACACCACUGGGACUAAUACUAUCAUCCUUGUAUCUGAUAAAAGUGAAAUAGUUACAUACAUAGUAUCACCUCUCACUGCUGGGACAAAAUAUGAGUUCACUCUCUUCACUUUGUUUGAAGGUGUCAGGAGUAUUGAUGGAAGUAAAUUAUCUGCAGUCACUGGUAAGUUUUUGUUUUUUUUUUUUUUGGGGGGGGGGGGGGGGGGGGGGGGGGUGAUACUGGAUUGUCUUUUAGUAUUUUCAUGGAUCACUCGUGUGAGAUACAUUAAAUACUGAUAUAUCUAUAGCCUUAAAAAAUAUAUAUGGUUUAUCUUCACACAAAUAUUUUGAUUAAAUAAAAUAUUGACAUUUUAGAUUUGGAUUCAUGCAUUAUAACUCUGGAAUCGUCUGAUACUGAAUAGUUAUUGGGAUUGUAUAAAAUCAGACAUGUACAGUAGUCAUUUUUGAAGUGGUCCAUUGACUGUGUUGAUUGGUUAUGUGUCUUCUCUCUGUCUCUCUGUAUUAGCUCCCCUCAAUGUUGAGGCUGUGACUGUAACAGAGUCAGACCGCACUGAGACCAGCAUAACUCUGGAGUGGAAAAAGCCGGCGAAUGGAGUCUCCAGUUAUGUGCUGCAGUUCGGCGAUAAGGGAAAUAUACCAAUUAAUAAAUUAGGAGAAACAGUGACACAUCAAGUUUCAUCUCUCGAUGCUGGGAAAAGAUAUGCCUUCACCCUCUUCACUGUGUUUGAAGGCAUCAAGAGCAGUGGAGAAAGCAACUUCACAGUAACAAGUAAAUGUGAUUUUUUUACCUUGAUUUCCAAUUACAAUCUCACAGUUCUUACCCUACAAUUAUCCAAUCAGUUGUUUUAUGUGGCUACAGUGAUAGUUAGCUCUUCAAGUUGGUCCCACUUUAUUUGGAUAGUGGUCUAGAGUUUUAUAUACUAUUUAGAAGGGUUGAAUCUAAACUCAGCAAAAGUAUUGCCUGAAUAACACACUCAUUUCACACAUAAAAACAUAAUUGAAUCCUUAAAUGUGAAAGCUAUUAACAGAAGUCCCUUGCUUUUCCCUGCAGAAAUAUUUUGUUCUGCUUUACACUGGGAGGUCACCAACUCAUCCAUUCAGACUGUGCUCCAGUCCAGUGAAGUCUCCUAUGGACAGGCAAAUAAUGGAAGUCAAACUGGAGAACACGUCAGCCCUAACAAUGGCAAUCUGUCAUUCAUUCACCUUUACCCUGGCGCAGUUUACAACGUGACUCUUUGGUUUAGACAGGAUUCUAAAACACUUCUUAUGUGUGAACACAUGGAGACUGUGGGUGAGUCAGUCUUUUACUUUGUCAAGGUGACCUAUUUUGUUUAGUCCACUUUUCCACUAAUUAUAUUAGUAGUCUAGCAUUGAUUUAUUAUGGUACACCUGUAGGAUAGUGACUUUAGCAGGGAGUUAAUGUGACAUCUUCCUUUUUUGUUUUAAUCAGUUCCUCCAGCGCUGAUAAGUCCAAGAUGUGACUAUUUGUCUGGUGGCUACGCUUUCUCUCUGGCCUGGGAUGUGCCGGAGGGAAUAUGGACAAGUGUGGAGGUGAAUGUGACUGGGAAAAGCCCUCAGACGGUGAAGGGAAUGUGUGUGAUGAAGGCAGACAUCGAUGGGGUUCAACCUGCCCAGACCUAUCCAGUGUCUUUGGCAUUAAUCUCUGGGCCUCGGAUGAGUAAGGCUGUCUCUUUCAGCUGUAAUACAGACCCAAGAGGUGAGUGAGCCUGGCAUUUAUCUUUAACUCAUGUUAAAAGGUUCAACGAUUGGUCAAUGAUAUCUGUAUUACCACCGAUAACAGUAUCUACACACAGCAUGAUGUGAUAUAGCUGCCAUGCCUUCUGCUGGCAGAAAACCAUGGGAUCUCACCUGCUUCCUGUAUUCAAAAUGGAGAGCUUUUAUAUCUUGUUUUAUAUGAUAUUUUGAUACUAAAUGUGUGUUGGUCAGUAGGCUUAUGUUGCUCAGUAUCCGUGGAAGAACAGACCAUUGUUAUUAUGAUGAUUACUCUUACAUGUUUAGAAGUAGGCCUAUAACCUAUUUAUUAACAUGUCAUGCCCUAAACUCUCAUACUAAGCCCAGGUUUCUUCCCUAUAGGGGUCAUUGCAGGGUCAGUCAUGGCUGUGCUGCUACUCUGCCUUCUGGUUUGUCUGGUUUUCUUCAUAUGGCGUCAGAAGCCAGACAUGUUCAGGUUGGUGCUGCUGCCUUCACAAUGGUGUUAGAUAGGGAAACCAUUUGGAAUCAAUAAUCAAUGCUUUUCUUUUUCCUUUUCCAAUAGCCGGCCCAAGUCGUUGUUUGUGGAAUCCAAACUAGCCAGCAAUAAAUUAAAGUAUGUACAGUAUACAGUUCAUUUUCAGUAUUUACGAGUCAGGUUUAGCCUUAAACUCAACCCUUUAGCAACUAUGUAUAGCAAGGCCAAUGACACGUACAUUCGACAUCACAGCUGUUAAUAACCGUAACGACUUUGAACUAUUCAACUGAGAACUUACUAUCUUCUCUUUUCCCAGAGCUAUUCCCAUGGGGAAAUUUCCAGACCACUUCCACAGAAUGAGCGCUGACACGAACAGAGGAUUCAGUGAGGAGUAUGAGGUAGCUAUAAGGAUAACAUGCUUUCUCUGUUUGUUUUCAUCAUGGUGUUGGUAAUGCAAAGUAGUUGGGCGAUCGUCCAACGUUGUAUUCCCUGUGUUUUUAUUUUGUCAUCUUGUAAUUAUUUUGUCAUCUUUGUCAUCCAUCCGUUUGUCUGUUCAUAAGCCUUUAGCUGACCCUUCUGAGUAUGUAAACAUAAAUGAGUUUUUCUUUACAUUAUGAUCUAUGGUUUAUAUCUCUAUGCAGGACUUCAUCCCUGUUGGCACAGAGCAGACUAGAAAAGCAGCCCUUCUGGAGGAGAACAAGAACAAGAACCGCUUCACCAAUGUACUGCCAUGUAAGUGUAUUCUGGCUGCUAUUUCUGCACGUAUGAACAACAUACAGUUGUUGAAUUGACGUCACCACUUGUUAUUGCAAUAAUUUAACUUUGUGUCAGCCAAUUGACCAAGUAUAAUAGGGUGGAUCAGAUAUCCCUCAGAUUCCAGGCGGAGUUUUGGCUUAAUCACCCCACUUGCAGAUUUUAUACAGUUAGAGGUUAUAGUUUUAAAUGGUUAUAAUCCUCAAAGUGAAGUUGUUAAAUCAUCAAGCGUUUUAAAUCCUUUCUCUCUCUCUCCAGAUGACUGGUGUCGGGUGAAGCUAACCAAGCUAAACCAAAACAUGAGCUCUGACUACGUAAAUGCCAAUUACAUGCCUGUAGGUACAGCAGCAUGUCAGUCACUGAUUUCCUAAUAAAGAGCAAUGUCCAUAUCAGUCCUAGAUAUCCUAUAUAGGUAUUCUUACUCUGACUGCAGUAAGUAGAUCAGUACUAGAAUUAUCUACUAUACUGAUCUGAACCUUGAUAGCCUACUGUAAAAGGCCCACUUACGGUAAAGGCUUGGCUUGAAACAAAGGUCAACUUUAAGUUAUUUGCCGGUACACGUUCUUCAAUACAUCGCCACACAACCCUUUAUGUAAGUUAUAAAAUGUCAUAAUGUAAUAAUAUUCUAGUGUCACGUUACAAUAUCGCUGAAUCAUAUGAUGCCUUAGAGGAACUUCUUACACCUAUAAAUGUUUACACAUCUGAGGCAUUAAAAAUGACUAUAAAUAGAAUAGGUGUGUUUUGUUAACCCUGAUGCUUUUUGUCGCAGGGCUACGGUAACAGCAGACAGUACAUCGCUGCACAGGGUCCCCUGCCCACCACCGUCAACGACUUCUGGAGAAUGAUCUGGGAGCAAAGGGUAAAGGGUGUGGUCAUGGUAACCAACUGCACCGAAGGAGGGAGGGUGAGUCCUGUUGGAGUCCGAGUUAAUGUGUUUGCUUUGCAUUGGGUGUGUGGAGAAUGUGGUGACAUCACAGAUAAACAGUCAUAGAAAUAGAAUCACUAGAACGGGCGAAGACCCUCAGAACAUGGCAAUUUGACAGAUUAGAUUCUAUGUACUGUAUUUAUAUAGAUACAUUGACCUAUUCUGUCUGUGUCUCCCUAGAGUAAAUGUGAGCAGUACUGGCCUUUGGACUACACCCCUUGCCUGUACGGAGACCUGUUGGUAACAGUCCGGUCCGAGAAGAGGGAAACCAACUGGACACUGCGGGAGUUUGUAGUGAAAAAUGUAAGUAUAGUGCUUGUUCUACUUAUGGAACCUGGGUCAUCGUGUUCAGUAGGGCACACAGUUGCAGAACUUUCUGCUACAAAAAAUGAAAAUCUCUGAUCUUAUUGGAGAAGAUCAGAUUGUUCCUUUCGGUAGUACUCUGUUUCAAAAUGUUUUCUCCCUACUGAUCACCACCCUGGACAAGGUUUUCAGUGCAUGCUCUGCUUACUACCUGUGUGAAUGUCGCCUCUGCAUCUACAUUUACAUUACAUUUGAGUCAUUUAGCAGACAUCACAGUUGAAGUCGGAAGUUUACAUACACCUUAGCCAAAUACAUUUAAACUCAGUUUUUCACAAUUCCUGACAUUUAAUCCUAGUAAAAAUUCCCUGUCUUAGGUCAGUUAGGAUCACCACUUUAUUUUAAGAAUGUGAAAUGUCAGAAUAAUAGUAGAGAGAAUGACUUAUUUCAGCUUUUAUUUAUUUCAUCACAUUCCCAGUGGGUCAGAAGUUUACAUACACUCUAUUAGUAUUUGGUAGCAUUGCCUUUAAAUUGUUUAACUUGGGUCAAACGUUUUGGGUAGCCUUCCACAAGAUUCCCACAAUAAGUUGGGUGAAUUUUGACCCAUUCGUCCUGACAGAGCUGGUGUAACUGAGUCAGGUUUGUAGGCCUCCUUGCUCGCACAUGCUUUUUCAGUUCUGCCCACAAAUGUUCUAUUGGAUUGAGGUCAGGGCUUUGUGAUGGCCACUCCAAUACCUUUACUUUGUUGUCCUUAAGCCAUUUUGCCACAACUUUGGAAGUAUGCUUGGGGUCAUUCUCCAUUUGGAAGACCCAUUUGCGACCAAACUUUAACUUCCUGAUUAUAAUUUUCCUUCCUCAUGAUGCCAUCUAUUUUGUGAAGUGCCCCAGUCCCUCCUGCAGCAAAGCACCCCCAUGGCAUGAUGCUGCCACCCCCGUGCUUCACGGUUGGGAUGGUGUUCUUUGGCUUGCAAGCCCCCCCUUUUUCCUCCAAACGUAACGAUGGUCAUUAUGGCCAAACAGUUCUAUUUUUGUUUCAUCAGUCCAGAGGACAUUUCUCCAAAAAGUACGAUCUUUGUCCCCAUGUGCAGUUGCAAAUCGUAGUCUGGCUUUUUUAUGGUGGUUUUGGAGCAGUGGCUUCUUCCUUGCUGAGCGGCCUUUCAGGUUAUGUCGAUAUAGGACUCGUUUUACUGUGGAUAUAGAUACUUUUGUAACCGUUUCCUCCAGCAUCUUCACAAGGUCCUUUGCUGUUGUUCUGGGAUUGAUUUUCACUUUUCGCACCAAAGUACGUUCAUCUGUAGGAGACAGACCGCGUCUCCUUCCUGAGUGGUAUGACGGCUGCGUGGUCCCAUGGUGUUUAUAGUUGCGUACUAUUGUUUGUACAGAUGAACGUGGUACCUUCAGGCGUUUGGAAAUUGCUCCCAAGGAUGAACCAGACUUGUGGAGGUCUACAAUUUUUUUUCUGAGGUCUUGGCUGAUUUCUUUUGAUUUUCCCAUGAUGUCAAGCAAAGAGGCACUGAGUUUGAAGGUAGGCCUUGAAAUACAUCUACAGGUAUACCUCCAAUUGACUCAAAUGAUGUCAAUUAGCCUAUCAGAAGCCUCUAAACCAGGGGUGUCAAACUCAUUUUAGCUCAGGAAAAUCUAUUCCCAAGUGGGCCGGACCGGAAAAAUCAUGGUAUAUAUAACUUAAAAACAACAACUUCAGAUUGUUUUCUUUGUUUUAAUACGAUCAACAUACAACAUAAAGCUGGAGCCUGAGGACAGUGUGUCCAAAAUAGUACAAGCACAACAUCACUAUUAAUCAUAAAACACGUCAAGUUAUUUGAAAGUUCUGAGGACAAAGAACACACAAACACACAAUGCCUCAGUGAUUAACAGAACUGUUUCACAGAUCACAGAACUAUAUCAGGGUGUAAUUUCUCAGGCAGAAAUGUAGAUAAAAAUAAUGAAAUCCUGUUCCCCAAACAAGUGCAAGAACCACAGAGUCAAGAAUAGGUUAAAUAUACAAAUAAAAUAAAAUCAAUUAAAAACAAUAGCACAUCAACAUAAAAACAUAUAAACAUAAAGCUGGAGCCUGAGGACAGUGUCCAAAAGCACAACAUCACUAUUAAUCAUAAAACACCUCAAGUUAUUUGAAAGUUCUGAGGACAAAGAACACACAAACACACAUUGCCUCAGUGAUUAACAGAACUGUUUCACAGAUCACAGAACUAUAUCAGGGUGUCAUUUCUCAGGCAGAAAUGUAGAUAAAAAUAAUGAAAUCCUGUUCCCCAAACAAGUGCAAGAACCACAGAGUCAAGAAUAGGUUAAAUAUACAAAUAAAAUAAAAACAAUUAAAAACAAUAGCAUAUCAACAUAAAAACAUAUAAACAUAAAGCUGGAGCCUGAGGACAGUGUCCAAAAGCACAACAUCACUAUUAAUCAUAAAACACCUCAAGUUAUUUGAAAGUUCUGAGGACAAAGAACACACAAACACACAAUGCCUCAGUGAUUCACAGAAGUAUAUCACAGAUCACAGAACUAUAUCAGGGUGUCAUUUCUCAGGCAGAAAUGUAGAUAAAAAUAAUGAAAUCCUGUUCCCCAAACAAGUGCAAGGAACCACAGAGUCAAGAAUAGGUUAAAUAUACAAAUAAAAUAAAAACAAUUAAAAACAAUAGCACAUCAACAUAAAAACAUAUAAACAUAAAUCUGAAAGCGUUGCUCAAACUCCCGUAACAGUCCCGUUAUUUUAUCUUUGAACCGCUUCAUGUCUGCCACAUGUUGGGUCGCGCACACGUUUUUCAGACAGGGGAAGUGAGCUGCAUCACCACCGGCAAGUUGCGUCUCCCACAAUGACAGCUUCAACUUGAAAGAACGUAUGCUGUCAUAAUACUGCGUGACAACUUUGUUGCGCCCUUGCAGCUGUUUGUUCAAGUUAUUCAGGUGCUCUGUAACAUCCACCAUAAAUGCAAGGUCCUGCAUCCAUUCUGCGGAAUGAAAUUCUAACACUGGUUUGCCCUUUUCUUCCAUGAACUGUUCAAUUUCUUCUCGUAAAUCAAAGAAACGCCUCAGCACAGCACCUCGGCUUAACCAUCUUACCUCAGUGUGGUAUGGCAGGCCAUAGAUGUGGUCUUUCUCUCUGAGAAGGCUGUCAAACUGACGGUGAUUCAGGCUUCUGGAUCGGAUGAAAUUAACAGUUUGGAUGACCACCUUCAUGACGUUAUCCAUCUUUAAUGACUUGCAACACAAAGCCUCCUGGUGCAAAAUACAGUGAAAAGUCAAAAAAUCACGUCCUCCAUUUGCAGAUUGCACUUUCUCUCUGAACUUUGUCACAACGCCUGCUUUUUUCCCGAUCAUUGAGGGCGCACCAUCUGUAGCCAGGCUGACAGCGCGGGACCAGUCCACUCCGACCCUGUCCAGCGCGCCGACGAGUGCGGUAAAAAUAUCAGCUGCUGUCGUUGUAUCUGUCAUCGGCACCAACUCCACGAACUCCUCGGUGACGGUCAAUGUGUCAUCAACUCCGCGGAUGAAAAUGGCCAGUUGUGCAACAUCUGUAAUGUCCGUGCUUUCAUCAAUUGCAACCGAAAACGCAAUAAAUGACUUUACUUUUUGCUUCAACUGGCUGUCCAAAUCCACUGAAAGAUCGGAAAUCCUGUCUGCAACUGUGUUUCUUGUCAGGCUGAUAUUUGCAAAAGCCUGCCGCUUUUCAGGGCACACAAUCUCCGCUGCCUUCAUCAUGCAUGUUUUUACAAAUUCACCCUCACUAAAUGGUUUUGAAGCAACUGCGAUUUCAUUAGCAAUGAGGUAGCUAGCUUUCACUGCAGCGUCACUGAUGUCUCGGCUGUGAGUAAACACAGACUGCUGUUUCUUCAGACCCGCCAACAGUUCAUUCACCUUCUCUCAUCUCCGCUGUCCUUGAAAGUUGUCAUAUUUGUUGGCAUGAAGACUCACAUAGUGGCGACGAAGGUUAUAUUCUUUCAGCACUGCAACAUGCUCUGAACACACCAAACAUACAGCUUUCCCAUUCAAUUCCGUGAAUAAAUAGGAUGACCAUUUUUCUUGGAACACUCUGCGUCCACUUUUCUCUUUUUUGACAGAGACAUAUUGGGGCAAUGAGGGUGCCAAAGCACAUAAUGUUAAAAGUAGAAGCCAUAAUAAAUAUCGUGGGCAAAACAAAGUAGCUCAUUGGCUGCACGUGCUUGACCUACUUGCUCUGCCCCGGUAUAAACAGUUUGCUUGCUUAACACAAUUGCUAUUGCGCCAUCCAGUGGACGCAAUUGGAACAGCAGUUUAUUUUAUUGAAAAAUUGCAGCGCAUUUUUAUACUUUACAAAAUUAUUAUUAUUAUUAUUAUUUUUUUUAUUUUUUCACGGACGUUUGACACCCCUGCUCUAAAGCCAUGACAUCAUUUUCUGGAAUUUUCCAAGCUGUUUAAAGGCACAGUCAACUUAGUGUAUGUAAACUUCUGACCCCCUGGAAUUGUGAUACAGUGAAUUAUAAGUUAAAUAAUCUGUCUGUAAACAAUUGUUGGAAAAAUGACUUGUGUCAUGCACAAAGUAGUUGUCCUAACCGACUUGCCAAAACUAUAGUUUGUUAACAAGAAAUUUGUGGAGUGGUUGAAAAACGUGUUUUAAUGACUCCAACCUAAGUGUAUGUAAACUUCCGAAUUCAACUGUAAAUACUUCUGUCUUCCAGAAGGACACAUCCGAGGAACGCCCUGUGAAACACUUCCACUUCACGGCCUGGCCCGACCACGGAGUCCCAGAGGGAACGGCGGCUCUGAUCCAGUUCAGAGGGCUGGUCCGACAGCACAUAGAGAGCCGUGAGAACACCGGACCCACUGUGGUGCACUGCAGGUAAUGUUACAGUACUGACAACACCCAGCCAUUACUUUAUACAGAGAAAAAUGCUAAAUAGGGAUGUACAAUGUGGCAACCCUAUUGAGGUGUUCCAAGAACGCACCGUUAACCAACAAGUGAGGUGUGUGUACAAUGACUGGUGGUGACAGUGCAAUUUUCCUUAUAGAAGUAUAGGCCUAGUUUUAGGUUGUCUCUUCCUUGAACUGGAUUAUUCUGUGCUCUAUCUGUAAACGUUAUGUUUAUAUUAAUCUCCCUGUUUCUCAGUGCUGGGGUGGGGAGGACGGGCACCAUCAUUGCUCUGGACGUGAUGCUACAACAACUGGAGAGGGAGAAGGCGGUGGGCAUCGCUGCCUUUUUGCACAAGAUGAGGCUGAGUCGACCGCUCAUGGUUCAGACAGAGGUAAGGUCUGAGUUAGCCUAAUGCAGACGAUCACCACAUUCACACCAGAUACUACCCUAAAACAUGGCAAUAUCUAUUGAUUAGGGUUGGGCGAUAUCUAGAUUUUCAUACCGUCAUACCGUUUCUGUACCAUACCGGGGUAUAUGGUAUUACCGAAUGUGCACAAAACAAUUUAGGCAACAAGGAUGUUGAUCCAGGAGGGGAUUGAAUGUAUCUGCUGUAACCAAGAAGCUUGAUCUUGACAUCUAGCCACUUAGCUAGCAAGUUAGCAAACCAAAUGCAUAGCUGGAGGCCUGAGCUGGAUAUCAUUUAUUUGACACAUCUUAGAUUUCUUAUAGUUAUACUUAACUUAUAGUUAUAAGCAGUGGUGUAGCACACAGCCCCGCCCUCUUUGGGUAUAAUGACUAAAGGUUUGAUUUAAAAAAUGUAUACAUGACUUAUGAGGCUAUAUUUGUGGCUUAUCAUUGCCAUUUACAUUCUUUCAGUCGCAGUAUAUUUUCCUGCACCAAUGCAUCAUGGAUUCUCUGGAGCCCAAAGAGAAGAUGAUACAAGAGGCCCUGUAUGAGAACUCGGACCUGAUCUACGCCAACGCCACAGCACUGAGGGAGUUUCAAGCUGGCAAUCCAAAGGUCUUAAGAUAAGGCCAUGGAUUGUCUGCUGUGAGUUCGUUUUUUCAUUCACUUUGGCACAUUUUUCAGAUGUAAAUGGUAUAUUUUCAAAAUUCUCGAAGUACAAAACUCUAAACUGAUAACAAUUGUAAUGCCCCCUAUCUUAUGUUCAGAACCUUUGAUUGUGCAUUCAAUGGGGUUUCACACAUCUUUCACCCGAGUCAUUCAUGCAAAAUCAAUGUUUUCCGUGAAAUACCGUUUAGUCAGUUUAGUCACUAAUACAUCAGAUAAUGAUAGGCUCACCAUUUUGUCAUUUUAACUACAAUUAAAUCCAAUAGCAAAAAAUGCAAGAUACACAUUUCAAAACUGUUCUUUUUGAAGUGCUGAAUAGAAAGAAUAAUAGAUGUAAAUAUAAUGUUUCAUAUAGUAUGACUACUUGACAUGCACAAUUAUUUUUAUGAUUUGUAUCCAAUGGUAGGUUGUGAGGAUGUUGAGAAAUAUAUAAGUCUUAGUUUAAUUAUCCUUAUACAGUACAUACGUAGGACAAAUCAUCAGAAAUAAGGGUAUUGUAAAGCAGUUGGCUACUGUAAAAACGUAGCACAUUGUUGUAUCCCAUUUCUGCCCCAUGCAACAUUGAACAAGAUCACCUUUUCUACGUGAUUGAUACAGUAUCGCCUGUCUCUCUGCUUGAAAUUCAUCCGUUUACAGUGAAAGCUGUAAGCUGAAAUUCAGAUGAGUGGAAUAUGUUAUAUACAACCCAGGUAUUUCAGCAGUGCAUGGUACACUACACUAUAACUCCAAAUGGUAGCACAUAGUGACUCUUUCCACUUUGUCCUUUGAAGCACACUGGCUGAUGGAGGAUGAUGAUGAAGUAUUUACAGCCACAUCCAUAUAUAAUUUGUUUUUACCUUCCAACAUCAAAUUGAUACAUUUAUGAGGUAAAAAUAUCUGUCGAUCUGCCCUUGAGCAAGGCAUUUAACCCUAAUUGCUCCUGUAAGUCGCUCUGGAUAAGAGCGUCUGCUAAAUAACUCAUAUGUAAAUGUAACUAGGCACUACAUAAUUUUGGUUCAGUGGUUAUUAGUUUUGAGCAGUUUUAUUGAGUUAAUUGUAUUGUUAACAAAUGACAAGAAAAUCUAUCAAAAGUAAAGUGAAUUUUAAAUUUCGGAAAGCAGAUAUAUAAAAGCAACAUGCCACAAUUUUACGGCGUUACAGUUCAUAUAAGGAAAUCAGUCAAUUGAAAUAAAUUCAUUAGGCCCUAAUCUUUGGAUUUCACAUGACUGGGCAGGGGUGCAGCCAGGCCCACCCACUGGGGAGCCAGGCCCAACCAAUCAGAAUGAGGGAAAAAGCACCCCCCCACAUUUUACAUUUACAUUUUAGUCAUUUAGCAGACGCUCUUAUCCAGAGCGACUUACAGUUAGUGAAUACAUAUUUUUUUAUACUGGCCCCCCGUGGGAAACGAACCCACAACCCUGGCGUUGCAAACGCCAUGCUCUAUCAACUGAGCUACAUCCCUGCCGGCCAUUCCCUCCCCUACCCUGGGCCAAUUGUGCCAAGUGACCUUUUAUUGUCCCCAGCACAAGGUGCACCUGUGUAAUGAUCAUGCUGUUUAAUCAGCUUCUUGAUAUGCCACCCGUCAGGUGGAUGGAUUAUCUUGGCAAAGGAGAAAUGCUCACUAACGGAUGUAAACAAAUUUGUGCACAGCAUUUGAGAGAAAUAAGACUUUUGUGGGUAAGGAACAUUUCUGGGAUUUUUUAUUUCAGCUCAUGAAACAUGGGACCAACACUUUACAUGUUUAUAUUUUUGUUCAGUGUAGAUUGAAUAUGUAUCCAAAUUAAGAGUGAUUUGGUGCAGUGAACAAUGUUUGUUGUACUCAGUCAAUUGAAAAUGUGCUUAAGAGUUUUUGAUGAUCUGUUUUGAGUUGUGAAAAUUGCACCAAUGUGAUUGAUUAAAAAAAAGUUUAGUCUUUGUGGUUAAGAGGCCCAUCUAUGAGCCCAAGAUAACAUCUGACAAACAAUGGCAAUCUCUUGCUAAUUUCUUCUGUAUGUUGAGAUUUUUUAUUUAAAUAUUUUCACAUCACAUGUACAUAAUGUUUUAGCCUAUAUUGUAUGUAAUCAUUCACUGGAUAUAAUCAGGAGAAUUCAGCACACUUCACAUUAACCUAUGUACUUUGGUUUUUUAUCAUUGUGUUAGAAUACUCAAUGCUGCUUGUGUUUUCAAUACAUUUCAGUUAUAGCCUAUCAAUUUCAAAAUUGCAAUUGAAAUGAUUCAUGGAGGAUUAGAUUUUUACUUGACAUUUAUUGACAAUGUAUAAAAACAUGUAAAUAGAUCAAUCCAAAGUAUUGUCACUUGGUUUUCAUGUAUCACAAAGCGUAAAAAACAAAAAUUGUCAAUCCAGUAGCACCCAUUUUCACAAAUACUGUUAUAAUAAGAGGCCAAACCAUCCCCCUAUUAAACCCAACCGUCAACAACCAUUUUAUAAACAUUUUCACCAUCCUCAGUCUGAAACGCCGUCAUUCCCGGAGGAAUGCGAGAAAUAAAUGCCGAUAAUGGCGGCUCUGGAUUUCUCGGCGUAGCUAGGCACCUCCACCACCGGCACCUGGUGAUUCUCGGCCGGGUGCAUGGUCUCCAGCACGGUAUCGUUGAGCGCAGGCACCGAAAACUUCUUAGCGAUGUUAUGCAGGACGCAGCAGGCCUUGAUGAUCUCAGCCUUCUUGUCCAGACUGUUCUGCUGCACGUGGCCCAGAUUGGCCAGGCACCUGAAGCGCCUCUUGACCAAGGUGAUGGUCCUCUGGAGGACCGAGUGGAUCAUGCCGUGGGCUGCAUUGAACCGCCGAUCUGCCUUCUCUUUGGCUGGCGAAACGGCCGUCAGGAGGUGUCUGCUCAACGCAUAGCCUUUUCCAGCUUUGUGGGAUCAAAAAAGUGG